GCGAGAGGACGCCGUCCCCCGAGACGCGGCGCUCUGGGCGGGGGCCCGCCAGCCACCCAGGCGGACCCCUCUGUUGCUUUACCCGGUGCUGCUAAUUCACCUCUUUUAAUUCUAGUGCAAUCUUAAAGAUUUCUGGUGGUAUUACCGGAAACUCGCAAAAUUUGCGCGAAAAUUCUUCGGGGGUGUGUUUCUAGGUGUCGGUGUAUCCCCUGUAGAGUUUGACGGCGUUUUGCAGUAGAUAAGAUUGAUGUUAAAAGUUUUCAUCCCACUUCAUCAACGCACGUAAAAUUUUCCUUUGGCGCCCAAUUUUAUGUCACAAUGCAACAAGCUUUAGAACUAGCUUUGGACCGUGCAGAGUAUGUCAUUGAAAGUGCUCGGCAGAGACCACCUAAAAGGAAAUACCUGUCAAGUGGAAGAAAAUCUGUGUUUCAAAAACUUUAUGACUUAUAUAUUGAGGAAUGUGAAAAAGAACCUGAGGUUAAGCAGAAAUUAAGAAGAAAUGUGAACUUGUUAGAGAAGCUUGUUAUGCAAGAGACUUUGUCAUGUUUAGUGGUCAAUCUUUACCCAGGAAAUGAAGGCUAUUCUCUGAUGCUCAGGGGGAAAAAUGGAUCAGAUUCUGAGACCAUUCGACUGCCUUAUGAAGAAGGGGAAUUGCUUGAGUACCUAGAUGCAGAAGAAUUACCUCCUAUUUUGGUUGAUCUCCUAGAAAAAUCUCAGGUUAAUAUUUUCCAUUGUGGAUGUGUCAUAGCAGAAAUACGUGACUACCGGCAGUCCAGUAACAUGAAAUCGCCAGGUUACCAAAGCAGGCACAUUCUCUUACGUCCAACCAUGCAGACUUUAAUCUGUGAUGUUCACUCAAUAACAAGUGACAACCAUAAAUGGACCCAGGAAGACAAACUUCUGCUUGAGAGCCAGCUGAUUCUAGCUACCGCGGAACCAUUGUGUCUUGAUCCUUCCAUAGCAGUAACCUGCACAGUAAACAGACUGCUCUAUAACAGGCAAAAGAUGAAUACUCGCCCCAUGAAACGGUGCUUUAAGAGAUACUCCAGAUCUUCCUUGAAUCGGCAGCAAGAUCUGUCUCACUGCCCACCUCCUCCUCAGCUGAGACUACUUGAUUUCUUACAGAAACGAAAGGAAAGGAAAGCAGGUCAGCACUAUGACCUCAAAAUCUCCAAAGCAGGAAAUUGUGUAGAUAUGUGGAAACGGAGUCCUUGUAAUUUGUCCAUACCUUCUGAAGUGGAUGUGGAAAAGUACGCUAAAGUGGAAAAGUCUAUCAAAUCUGAUGACUCACAGCCAACCGUCUGGCCAGCCCAUGAUGUUAAAGAUGAUUAUGUAUUUGAAUAUGAAGCUGGUAAUCAGUGUCAGAAAACAAAGCUCACCAUCUUGCAGUCACUUGGUGAUCCACUUUACUAUGGUAAAAUCCAACCAUGUAAAGGAGAUGAAGAAAGUGAUAGCCAGAUGUCUCCAUCUCACUCCUCCACAGAUGAUCUUGCAAAUUGGUUCAUUAUUGGAUCAAAAACUGAUGCUGAGAGGGUGGUUAAUCAGUACCAGGAACUGGUCCAGAAUGAAGCCAAAUGUCCAGUCAAAAUGUCACACAGCUCUAGUGGCUCCACCAGUCUAAACCAGCUUUCUCCUGGGAAAGAAACAGAACAGGCUGAGACUGUGUCCGUCCAGUCUUCAGUAUUGGGAAAAGGGGUGAAACAUCGACCUCCACCCAUCAAACUUCCCUCAAGCUCAGGAAAUAGUGCCUCAGGCAACUAUUUCACACCACAACAAGCCAGUAGCUUUCUUAAGUCUCCAACUCCCCCUCCUUCUUCUAAACCACCGAAUCUUUCUCGGAAGUCAUCGGUGGAUCUCAAUCAAGUUAGCAUGCUUUCUCCAGCUGCCUUGUCACCUGCCAGCUCAUCACAAAGAUCUGGAACUCCUAAGCCAUCUACUCCUACACCAACCCCCUCAUCGACCCCACACCCUCCUGAUGCUCAGAGCUCAACUCCUAGUGCCCUUUCAGCCACCCUUACUCCCCAAGAUUCAGGCUUCACCCCUCAGCCCACUUUGUUAACCCAGUUUGCUCAGCAGCAAAUGUCUCUGAGCCAGGCAAUGCCUGUAACGACCAUUCCUCUUUCCACCAUGGUAACAUCUAUAACUACAGGAACCACAGCCACCCAGGUCAUGGCAAACUCUGCUGGAUUUAACUUCAUCAAUGUAGUGGGCUCUGUUUGUGGGGCCCAGGCUUUGAUGACUGGUUCAAAUCCUGUGCUGGGCUGUAACACUGGUGCCGUAACUCCUGCAGGAGUAAACUUGACCAGCCUUCUCCCCUCAGGGAGUCUGCUAUCAAAUACAUUGCCCAGUGCCAUGCAGGCGGCGCCUCGAGCAGGUGUUCCACUUGGUUUAAAAAAUACUUCAAGUCUCAGGCCUUUAAAUCUACUCCAGCUCCCGGGUGGGUCGCUUAUCUUUAACUCCCUGCAGCAGCAGCAGCAGCAGCAGCAGCAGCAGCACCAGCAGCCGCCGCCGCAGGUCUCUCAGCUUGCACCGCAGCAGCCGCAGCAGCCCACAGCUUCCAGCCCUCACCAGCCAGGGGAGCAGGGUUCUGAACAAGGUUCAACUACUAAAGAACAGGCCUUAUCUGCUCAGCAGCCUGCUGUUAUCAAUCUCACUGGAGUAGGAGGUUUUAUGCAUACACAGGCAGCUGUGUUGUCUCAGCUUGGCUCUGCCGAGGACAGACCUGAGCAAAGCCUCCCCCAGCAGAGACUCCAGCUCUCCUCUGCCUUUCAGCAGCAGCAGCAGCAGCAGAUCCAACAGUUGCGAUUCUUGCAGCAUCAAAUGGCUGUGGCAGCGGCAGCAGCACAAACAGCUCAGCUACAGCAGCAUCGACAUACAGGCAACCAGUCAAAAAGUAAAAUGAAGAGAGGCACUCCAGCUACUCCCAAAUUCUGAGUUUUUUGUUUUAGAAUCUCGAGAACUCUGAAUCAAGAGUUGAGUUUUUACUUCAUCUUGUUUUUUUAAUGUGUCAGUAUUUUACACUGCUAAAUUUACAAACUUUAUACAAAGGUACAACCCUAUGAUUUUUAAAUAAAAACAGGGAAAUAGUUUCAUGAA